UAUUUUAUGGCUGAAAAGAUCAUUUAAAAUUUUUUUAAAUAUUUUAUAUCUUGAUUACUGAACGACAUUAUCAAGUUCUAAAUAACUUUUUCAGUCUCAAAAAUUAAUUGUUAAUAACAAUAUUAUAUACGAUUUUUAAAUUAUAAUCAAUUAUAUUAACAAUUGCGCAUGCGUUGAAAGUGGUGUAUUAUAAACUCCGCGCCAAAAACUGAAACCUUCGUUUAGAUUCGUAUAUGUAUGUUAAUUGUAUAAGCAUAAAUUAUUGGUGAAUUUUUUAAUAGAAAAAUAAUUUUUUGUUGAGUGCUGUAGAAAUAUUGUAAUUGUAUUAUUUGUGCAUGGAGGGUUUGAAAUGUCUCAACACGGUGCUGCUUUGCAAACUUAUAAUCAAGAACUUGUAAAGUGUAAAUUUAUAUUUAUUUAUUUGUAAUCAAUGUUUAGAGGAGAUGAAAUUGAGGCGUACAGAGUUACAAGCGGAAAUUGAAUCUCAGGAAGAAGAAAAGAAUCAUUUGCAAAGAGAAAUAGAAAAGUUGUCUUAUAAAUUAACACGCCUAAAUGAUAGUUUAACUAAAAAGAUAGCAGUCAGAAAUGAAUAUGAUAGAACUAUUACAGAUACAGAAACAGCAUAUGUAAAGAUUUUGGAAAGUUCACAACUUUUAUUAAAUAUGAUCAAGAGAGAAGCUACAAAUUUAGACCAAACAUUAGUUAAAGCUAACAUGGACAAGCAACAGUGUUAAUGAUAAAUGUAAAAUAAAAAUUGAACAAAAUGCAGAA